GCAGACGCCUUUCCACUGGUUCUGUCUGUUUUGUUGUAGUUGUGCCAUUCUGUGAGAUUAUUUGUGUUUCGUUGUGGAUGCAACAGUACACUCUCAGGAGCGAAGUAAAGUAAACAUAGCUCUGAAAGAUGCGACGCCGUGUUGGAGGUGUAGGUGCCAUACAGAAGCAGCAACUAACUCAGGCAAGAUUCAAAGAUAAGGGCACAGAAUUAGCCGAGGAGCAACUUCAGCAAAUGACGAGACAAAUGGAAGUAUUCCGCACAAACUUGCAAGCUUUUGCGUCCAAGCACAAGCAUGAGAUACGGAAGAACCCAGAAUUUCGACGACAGUUCCAAGAAAUGUGUGCUACAGCAGGUGUAGACCCCCUUGCAUCGAGCAAGGGAUUUUGGGCUGGCAUGCUCGGCGUAGGAGAUUUCUACUACGAGUUGGGUGUUCAGAUAAUUGAAGUAUGUCUUGCAACUAGCCACCGCAACGGCGGUCUUAUGAGUUUGGAGGAACUUCGGGAAAGGGUCAUACGAUCCCGCGGAAGCCGCCAGCGACAAGAGGAUAUUACUCACGACGACUUGCUUUCUGCUAUAGAGAAGCUGCGAAAGUUAGGCACGGGGUUCAAGCUCAUUCCACUGGGUUCGAGAUACCUCGUGCAGUCCGUGCCCACUGAACUCAGCCUUGAUCAUACAUCAGUCAUAAAGGAGGCAGAACCGCAUGCCCAUGUGUCUGUUGGAUCCUUGAUGAAGAACCUUGGUUGGAGUGAUGACAGGGCUAAAAAAGCGCUGGAAGAUUUGUUAAAGGAAGGACUUGUUUGGAUUGAUACACAGGAACCGGAGGAGUAUCUAUAUUGGUUCCCCGGUUUGGUAAAAUCAAACUGAGUGUCAUUUACUGUUCUACUUAGUCAUAGCCUUAUGUGCAGUCAUCAGUGGCUGGGACAGUUUCAAUCGACGCAACAAGCUCCAAAAUAUAUCUGUAUAUGUUUGGUGUUAUACGUCCCAUGUAUUUUGUUUAAAAAUUAUAAGUAUAAAAAUUUUGUAUGAAAAAAGUACAUGCCAGUGUUUACACAUAGAGCUGCAGAUAGGGUAAAGUACUUGGUGCAAAAAUAAAUUAACUUCUCUAUCCA